UUCAAAAGCUCUUGAAGAGCGUGUCCCUCUUCCACGACUCCUACGCCCGUAAAUCACACCUCGCUGUGCAGGUCCUUUCUCUUUUCCACCGCAGCACCUACCGUCGUAUCCAACUUUACCGACGUUACAUUCUCUUUUUAACCACAUUCGCAAAUCUCGCCCAGCGCCAAACACGAUGUUCUUCAAACUCCCCACCCUUACUUUCAUCGCCCUUUUCACCCUUCUCUUCUCGCUCCUCACCGUCUCCGCCCACGCACUUCCCACAGCACCUGGAAGUCUCAUGGGUCGCACCUACUCUCGCCAUGAUUCUUCCGUGGCUCGUCGCUCUGACGCCGCUACCAUCGAUGCCCGGGAGCAGGAACUAAAGCGAGCUGACAGGUUCCAACGCCGGCUCGCCAACGUGCACGUCGCCCGCGUGCCAGUGGCUGUGGCAGACCUAGGUGUACGCGGAGGUACCCUUGCGGCGAGGCACGCCAAAGCAAUUGCCGAGUCCGAGGCCUGAAAGAAGAAGAGAACCCCGCUACCACUCUUCGUCCGCCCAUGCAUUCACAACGGAUUAUUGUAUCACCGCCAGCAACCCUAUCCGUCCGACUUUGACAACUGGCGCUUGACGCCUAAAAUUAUUCACCCUAUCUCCCCCGCUGGAGCUGUUGGUGGUUGAACCUUCGCAGUAUUUAAUUCGAGGGCCGGUUUUUUAUUUCUUGGAUGGAGCUUGAUCGAUUCGACUUCACAUACCUCCGCUACCCAUGGAAUGGCAAUUAUGACUAUUUAGUAUGAAUUGAUUUCGUACAUUGUAACCUUCAAAGUCGGAUAGAUGUGUAUUUUUAUCGCCUACUUGUACGUAACGACUUGUGCUCAAGACAAAAGAAGCAUCAC